GUUUGAAGAAGAAAUUAUGGAUUUUGAAGAGAAGGAAAAUACCAAAAAUGAUGUAAAAUAUAAAAGAGAAAUUUCAUCUGACCAUUGACAAGGGUAAAGAAAGUACUCAGACAAAAUUCUAUAAACGAAUACUAUCCUGGAUAAUCGGAGGAAUUUUAUUGACGAGGGAAGGAGAGGUGUAAGAUUUAACAGACGUCCAAUUCCUUAUAAUUUUGACUCGAAAAUGCAACGAAAAGGAACAACGCGUGGCAGAUCAAAAAUCAAUCAUCACCCGGAAAGAGAAUUCCAAUAUCCGACUGAUUUAUCGACACCACCUUCAUGGCUUGAUUUUCCAAUAGUAGAACCAGAGAGAAACAGACAACUUGGAGCAAUCCCACGUCAACCUAAACCAUCAGGACAUGGAAAUCCCCAAAUGGAAAUUGCAACUCUAGAAGAUAUUAAUCCAUCUAAUUUACCAAGGGUGUUAUCUAUAGACGAGAAUUCUAAACGCAGACACGAUGAAGACUGGGCAGAAUUUGAAAGUAGAUUAGCCGUACAAGAACUAGAUCGAUUUAUGAAGAAUCUGGAGCCAAAGACAUCUGUAUCUAUCGAAAGGCUCAGGGAGAGACAAGUAGAAGAGGUGGAAAAUAGGAAGACCAUAUUGAAAAGAGAAGAAGUAGUGAGACCAAAUGAUGAGGAUGAGAUUGAUACACCACGAUCAAUUACACCUCCUGGUCCACCUAACAGACUUGACGAUAAGGAUAAUGCUACUUCUUCCAGGAUAUUGACAAGGAGAGCCAUACUGAGAAAAACAACGGAAAGAUUCUUCAAUGAUAUGGAGUCGAUUCCAACAGACCCUACAUUAGAUCCACCGCCUAGGACUUGCUAUAAUUGCUGGAGGAAGGGACAUAAUCGACCUAAUUGAGAGUCUCCAGUUG